AUGGGUAUAAACCAAGUGGCAACAGAGGGGAAGGGAUCGAUGAGAUGGCUUUCGACAAUCUUCACCACUCAACAGAUGAAAGAAGUGCUUCUUGUCGGACAAUCCAUUGUCUAUCUUAUCGCGUUUGCUUCGUUGUAUUGGCAGAUUCCAGGUCUCUACAGUGAUCGAGGGAUCACUCCGAUCUCGCCUCAACUCGAAUGCGAUUCCGAGUCGAUCUUUGACUGUAAAUCGCUUCUCCUGCAAGUGAUGCGUCGAUUUGUUCCCUCAAUGUCCCCAUCCUCUCAUCUCUCACUUCUUUGUCUCAUCUCGAUGGCCUUGAGUCUACUCACGGUUGCUUUUCGAAAGACGAGGAAUUUCCUUGUGUAUGCCUUUUUGUGGAUUAGUUAUGUGGCUGCCUAUGAGGUUGGAGGCACUUUCCUGUGGUUUCAAUGGGAUAUCCUUCUCUUGGAGACCGGAGUACUGGCUACAAUUCUCGCGUCUUUCCACGACGGACCAGCCGAUCAGAUUUCAAUCUAUCUAUACCGAUGGUUGGCUUGUCGAUUGAUGUUUGCUUCGGGUAUUGUCAAGCUGCAAUCAGGCUGUCCAACAUGGUGGAAUUUAACAGCUCUUGAUGUCCAUUAUGAAUCUCAAUGUCUCCCGACUCCGAUUGCUUGGUAUUUUCAUCAUUUUCCUCAAUGGUUCAAUAGACUAUCAGUCGCUCUCACUUUCUACAUCGAGCUCUAUCUUCCUCCAAUGUUUUUAUUGCCUUUUGAGAGUAUUCGAUGGUUUGCAGCCAUACCGCAGAUUAAAUUCAUGCUCUUGAUCAUGCUAACUGGUAACUACAAUUUCUUCAACGUUCUCUACUCACUAGUUUGUCUAUCAAUGCUGGAAGUUGGAUAUGAUAAUUCUCCUCGUGAAAAACGCCAAAACUUCUUCUUCUGGGUGCUUGAGACCGUGCUUUUCAUGGGAAUUGCUGGCUUUAGUUUGUGGCACUUCAGUACAUGGUUUGGUGUGCAAAUUGAUUGGAAACGAAUGAUUGUCGAGUCAGAAAUUGUUUUUUCCCGAUUUGAAUUCGAUCAAGCCGUUGAGAAAGCGACUCGCUACAUUAUUUAUGCAGGAAUUGGAGGACUCACCUGGAAAGCCCUCAUCACUCUUUACAGAACGAAGGGCGAGUUUUGGAAUAUCAUCCAUUACGUCUUUGUACUUUCGUUGGGCGGGUUCAUUUUUGCGAUAUCAUUGGUUCCUUUCACUUACCUCGAUGGAAAUGUAGGGAAAAUCCUACCGAAACCAGUUCGAGAGCUACAUGAAAUCACUCGCAAAUAUCACCUAGUCAGCUCAUAUGGACUUUUCAGAAGUAUGACCGGAAUAGAGGGACGACCAGAGGUGAUUAUUGAAGGAUCGGCAAACCCUGAUGGACCAUGGAAAGAGAUCGAGUUCUAUGCAAAACCAGGAAAUUUGAAUAGAAUGCCCCAAUUUGUCGUGCCCCAUCAACCACGACUUGAUUGGCAAAUGUGGUUUGCGGCUCUUGGAACAUAUCAACAGAAUCCAUGGUUUGUCUCAAUGGUUUAUCACUUGCUCAAUAACAAUACAAAUGUUGUUCGUCUUGUUGAAAAAUAUCCAUUCACCAAAGAGGAGCCGAUGAAAUUUGCUCGAGCUCAACUUUAUCACUAUCGAUAUGCGAAAAAGGGAGAAAUUGGUUGGUGGACACGAGAGAAGCAAGCCGAAUACAUGCCGACUUUAUCGAGAAACGCUCAGCCAAUUCUCGAGUAUCUCGCAAAGCAAAAGCUUAUUGUUAAGCCCACCACUUUUCCAAAGACAACACUCUCUACUUAUUUGGGAAAGAUUCAAAGAUCGGCUUUUCGAGUCGAUCAAACCCUUUUUGUGUGGUCCGUUCUUGCCAUUGUGCCCGUUAUUUGGGUCACUAAAUGGUUAUUCGGAUUC